UUGUAUUCCCUCUCAUAUUGAUUUCUUUGCUACUCUCUAUCAGUGGUUAACUCACUCGACGUUAAUAAGUGCACUAGUUUGCGACAGAAAUAAUUAAGAACAACGGCGGUGGGCUGCGGUUGACGACACACUAUCGCCCCCUGAUGCCUUCAUAGUCCCCUAUAAAUUACACAGUACGAUGACCCCUCGUGCUAAUUAACGUCGAUCAUCGAGCUAACCUAAGUACACCAGUUAAUGAAGGGCAGCGGAUAAGUUGCGAAUCUUCUAUGGUGAACUUCACUUGGUAGACUCUAUCACUAGAAGAGUCCAUCAACGAGCACAUUCGGGUGCCACGUAUGAUAUCCAGGUGAAUCCAAUAAGGCCACGAGGGUGUAUUCAAAUAGAUAACAAGUGCUGAUAACAACAACAUAAAGUAACGUGCAUCCUUUCAAGGCUUGGACAAAAAUUCAAUAGUCUAACAAUAAUGCUGAUGUUGCUUGUCGCUGUUGUUUCGGCGCUGAGCGCUACAGGAAGUGUUGCUGGUAAAUAUCCUGUCAUCUGUUACUGGGAGUCGUGGUCGGUAUACCGUGCAGCUCCAUACACAGGAAAUGUAUUGACUCUCCCAGUGGAUAAAUGUACUCACGUCAUCUACACAUUUCUGGGACUUGACGAAUCGACGAAUAGGGUGAAAUAUCUCGAUCCAUUCCUGGACAUCGACCACAGGGGAAUCGCAAAAUUCGUUGCCCUCAAAGAGGUCAGACGCGAUUUGAAAGUCUCGUUCGCAAUUGGCGGCUGGAAUGAAAGGUCUGAGCGAUACUCAAGAAUGGCUUCUACAUAUGCCGGACGUAGGAUAUUUGCCACAUCUGUUGCCGCCGUAAUUCAAAAGUUUGACUUCGAUGGGGUCGAUCUUGACUGGGAGUAUCCGGGCGCUGUCGGCGGUAACCCAUAUAUGGAUAAAUUAAACUUCGUACUUUUACUCAAGGCUAUUCGAAAAGCCAUUGGCAAAGAUAAACUAUUGACUGUGGCUGUUCCAGCUAUCGUCAAUGUCGAUAUUGGCUACAACGUUCCAGAAAUAUCCAAGAUUGUGGAUUAUAUUCACGUGAUGACUUAUGAUCUUCACGGGCCUUGGGAACCAACGGUUGACAAUCAUGUCCUUCUUCACAAAAGGAGAUCUGAUCCGGCCAUCUUAACCUUGUUCAAUGUGGCCGGUGCUCUAAUCGCGUGGGAAGCCCGGGGGGCGCCUAGCUCGAAGCUCAUUUUAGGCUUUGCUUUUUAUGGAAGGUCAUUUACUCUUGCUAAUAGCAAUAAAACGUACAUCGGAGCUCCAGCACAAGGGCCCGGAAGAAAAGGUCCCAUCUCACAAACUGAAGGCACGCUCUUCUAUUUCGAGAUAUGCGAGCUUCUACGGACAAAUAAGCAUUGGACUAGUGCAUGGGAUAACGAAGCAAAAGUUCCGUACGCUUACGGAGAUGAUCAAUGGGUCGGCUACGAUAACGAGGAAGGCAUUAAAUAUAAGGUGGAAUUAAUCAAGUCGGCUGGUUACGGUGGAGCUAUGAUCUGGGCAGUUAACAAUGACGAUGCGAAUGCACUCUGCAACACCAAAGUAAAAUAUCCACUCCUUACGGCCAUUAGCGCCCAGCUCAAUGGAAACGAAAGCCGAGAAAGGGCUAGUCAAACUAAUGAAACAUCCUCAGCACUUACGAGCACUACACUGGACGGGCGCACUACGCCCCGAGACCUAGCUCCAUCGCUUAAUUAUAAUUCUACCAUCUCUGAAAUGGAGUCUAUAUCGACCUCUACUGCUGCACUACCAACAACAAGCGCAGCGCUCUGGCCCCAGCGUUGUGAGAAACACACGCUUCCGCACACAGCAUCUUGCCGGAAAUUCUUCGUGUGCGACGACGCCGGACGCAUACGCCUGACCGAGCUCAGUUGUCCUGCUGGCCUAGUAUACAAUGAAGAUCAACUGGUUUGCGAUUGGAACUUUAAUACGCAUCCAGCUCCUGCGGGUUGCCCAGAUUUUCUAUAAAGGUUGAUCGCUGAGAAGAAAGAUGAUGCAAAUGAAGCGAGGACUCUGUAUAUAUUGUGUCCGAGUUUUACGUUGACCCAUUGAAGAGAGCUUCGGCAUAUCGUUGAAUGCCCAUCAACCCAUAACAGCUUCGUAAAUACAUUUACUCGCUGCUCGCUAACUUGGCUAUUAAAAUGUAGUCAAAUUACGAAAAACACACCUCUUACAUUAUAUUUGUUAUUAUCUCUAUACGCUUAGUAUCGGUUUUAUCAUUUUCUGUAUUAUGGUCAUACAUACUUCUGCUGCCCACCGUCGUCACACAACGAUAAUCAAGCCUAUCUAAAAGUACUUACUGAUGAGCGAUUUAUUAAUCAAGUUGUUACUGUCCUAUCUGUUUAUGCAAUAAAUUUUGCUUACUGCUAAGCUGUA